GUCCCAAGAGGCUGUGCAUGUAAUUCACCCCUUCCUGUGAAAUGGAGGAACUGAAACAUCUUGACUCCUGUUGCUUGCAGCUAUGACCAAGAGGAACUGUCCUCCCGGCAGCAAAUGGGACAACGUUGUCACCACUUGCAUCCAAAAUCAAGACCUGAAAGAAACUAGACCUGAACCUGAAACAGAGCCAACCCCAGUUUUCCAUCAAAGAACAACAUCUCCUACUGCCUGGUCAGACCCAAUUUCUUUGAGUCCAGUUCUGUGGAUUGCUGUGGUGUUGACCACUCUAGGGUCCAUCGUGGCUUUGGCUCUCUGGUUUAUUUUAUACAGACGGCAACGCAGACUCAAUACAACCUCAGAAGAAAUGGAGCCUGGACCGGAGCCUCCACAGAAAAUUGAGCCGCCUAAUAAAAGUCACUUGUCCGACCCGCAGAGAGCUUCAUCAGCUUCUUUUUACCAGCAAGGACCCCACGACAUCUCAAAAAGUCAAAAGGCAACAGGCAGAGGGGAAACAGACAGCACCGAGGAGCUUGGAGAGUUGCCAGUUUGCAAUGCGAUGAGAGAACACAGACUUCCACUUCCUGCCACAGAACUGGGUGGCACCGCCUUGGUAACAACCAAAACUGUAUAGAUUCUAGUCAGCUUCAAACUUCGGAAAAAGUCGCAUCAACUCUCGCAGUGAGAUCCAGAAAGUGACCUCUUGAGUUCGGGAGGGUGGAUGGGGUCAUCUUAUCCAUGUUGCAAGAAACACAAGUGCCUCGGAAAAAGAAUCCAAGAAACUCAUGAAAUAACCUACAAUGCCGUAAUUUAAUUGAAUUCAAUCUGUGGCGUUUUCUAAGGAAUCCCAAAAGUUUUUUCGUCAUCACUCCAAUUCACAACACUGCAAAUGGAGUACAGGGGUGUCGUGGAUUACAUCGUCAUUAUAGUUUGCCAAAUAUGAGUCAGUGCACAUGAUUUGCUUUCAUGGUCUGCACAAAACAACACGGCGGGCCGAUCUGGCAUUGAGUUUAAAGGGAUCCUCUAUUUUUAAGACAAGUAUUCUUAAAAGAUAAAUGUUAGUAUGAGUUAUAAUAAUUUAAUAUUAAAACCCCUCUUAAUGUUUUUGUUUUAAUAAAGUUUGUAAAAUUAUUUUAAGUGAUAGGACGCCAUUCUUUUUACGUCGCCGUGCGUGACGUCACCGGGCCCGUUGCCGAAAUUCCAGCGUGUCACUCGUUAGCUGCCCCAACAUUUCGUAAGUUCUACCCUACUUAUUUGAACCAGAUCUGAAAAGUGAAGAGCAGGACAGCACUGUCGGUCGUUCACAAGACGAGCUUCAGGAAAAAAAGCGUGCAGCAAAUACCUGAUAAGACAAAAGUUGGGCAAAAGUCUCAAUGACAACAGAGAGAGAGAGUGUAUGCUGUUGGGAACUCCGGUUGGGCGCGAGAGUGUAUGCUGUCCGGUUUUAUUAGCAGAUAUUCAAGGUAAGCAUAGUGCGUUUUCAAACUUAUCCCAAUAUAAUUAUGUAGAUUGUUAGCAUCCAGAGCUGUCGUGUGCUUUACAUACAGUACAGGCCAAAGAGCACACCUCGUGUAAUCCAUGUCUUGUACAUUGUAACGCGUGGUAGGUAGGAUACGUAUAUAAAAGUACCAAAAAGGGAGAAGCUUCCACUUAUGCACAUUUAUUCACAAAAAAUAAUAUUUCCACCUUGACCACUCUUCACUCGGGAGCUCAGCAGUAUGCAAACACGCAUUCCCUGACGAAUUCCAACAUUGUUGUAAGGUCAACGUCAGAGUCACUGUCGUUACUGUAGCGUGCCGUAGUGCUUUAAUUAUCUAGUAUGAUUUGGGGAAAACUCCCACGAAGAAAGGUCAACAAUAAAGAUAGCAAUAGUAAUCCAAAUCCGCGUUUUUUACUCACUUGAAGAUCCAGGAAUUAGACCGAUCCCAUGGCAAUGUCUCAGUCGCGAUCAGGCCGUCGAUUCCACAAAAUAGACUGAUCCGAAAAGCCGCUGUGGCACCAUAGAAUUUUAAAAAAUGGACAGAACCAAAACCAACAUUGCAGACACGGUGGGACCGUCGGAUCCAGAAAAUAGACGGAUCCCUUACUUGACUGAGGAUCCACGGAAAAUGUUCGGGCACCAGUUGUAACGCGUGGUGGGUAGGAUAUGUGCAUACAGGGACCAAAAAGGGGGAGAAGCUUCCACUUAUGCACAUUUAUUCACUAAAAAUAAUAAUUACACAUUGACCACUCACUUCACUCCCCUUGUUUCCAUUUGACUGGAAAUUGCAUCCAAAAGCAGCACAUCGUGGCAUUUUACUUUGCGAGUUUAGGCAGCAAUAAGCAAUUGUUGAACAUGCUACACAUUUGGAAAGAUCCCAAUUACUUCAUCACUGCGAGCCCGCAAACCAUGGCGCCAACUAACAGUCAAAAUAUGUACUAAAUAUUAUAAAAUAUUGCCAUUGAUUUAACAUUGUAUGUGUUUCUAACAACAUAUUUUAGUACAAGAGAACAAUUGUGGUUUAUUAGAGCCUACAUGUAUUAAAGUUAGAGGAUCACUUUAAGUGGCUAUUUUAUUUCAUAUAAAUAUGUAUACCGUAUUUUUCGGACCAUAAGUCGCAGUUUUUUUCAUAGUUUGGCUGGGGGUGCGACUUAUACUCAGGAGCGACUUAUGUGUGAAAUUAUUAACACAUUAUGAUAUCAUUUCACAUGUUAUGUUGGUGUUUUGGAGUGACACAGAUGGUUUGGUAAACUUGUUAGAAUGUUCUUUAUGCUAUAGUUAUCUGAAUAACUUAAUAGCUAUGGCCACGUUCGCGGUCUGCCUUUGGCAAUGUGUGUUCAAUUGAUUAUUGACUUUUUUAUAUUGAAAUGCAUGGUUUUAGUUUGUGGUGCUUUCACGCCCAAGUGGGGGCGCACUCGCACUUGUUUACGCAAAGAACAGCGCUCACACGCCAGAAGAAGACGGACAGCUACGCAGCGUCUCUGAGCGAGUGGGCAAGAGACAGAGAGGCGGAGAGAGAGAGAGAGAGAGAUACACGGCUGCGAACCUACGUUCAUUGUUUAUGCUUGUAAAAUAUCUCUACAGAGGCAGCGCCUGUGUGUAUCAUCUUUUCUGUUGUCGUUGUGUGCUUUCCACCCGCGAUCGACCACUUGUGUGGUUGUUUGAACGAUGUGCUAAUGCUAGCGAACGCAUGCUAACCGUUUGUGUCAUUACUGUAAUAGCAACUGAUUAUCAUUUAUUUACGUUGAUGCGAACCUGUUUGGUAUCGAGGACGAAAUUGAUUCAGCAAAUUAUACGGACGUCCAUCAUCGUCAUUUGGGAGUUUAGCUCACUGUAUAGCCAAGACUGAGCCGUAGCUUCCUGGUGAGGACAGUAUAUUCGCAUUUUGUUGUUCAUGCACUGUACACUGUACACUUAUUCAGCAUGUUGUUUUCUAUUGUAUUUUUAUAUUAAAUUGCCUUUCAAGAUGACAUAUCUGUUCUAUGUGUAGGAUUUUAUCAAGUAAAUUUCCCCCCAAAAUGCGACUUAUACUCCGGUGCGACUUAUAUAUGUUUUUUUCCUCUUUGUUGGGCAUUAUGGCUGGUGCGACUUAUACUCAGGUGCGAUUUAUAGUCCGAAAAAUUUGGUAGUAGGGCUGCACAAUGAUUAAAAAACUUAGAUCGCAAUAAUAGCACAAAUUCAAAAGUAGUAUUAACAGUAGUGAUAGUCAUACUUGUGUACUCCUUCCUUACAUGGUGUCCCCUCGGUAAAUGAUAUCGUGAUGUGCUUUUAAUGUCAUUCAUAGCUAGGUAGCAUGUAUAGUGCUGUUGUCAGGAUACUAAA